CAGGUGGCUGUGAAGGUGAUUGAUAAGAAGAAAGCCAAGAAGGACACUUAUGUGACCAAGAACCUGCGCCGGGAGGGUCAGAUCCAGCAGAUGAUCCGACACCCCAACAUCACCCAGCUGCUCGAUAUCUUAGAGACAGAGAACAGCUAUUACCUGGUGAUGGAGCUCUGCUCAGGCGGUAAUCUAAUGCACAAAAUUUAUGAAAAGAAAAGAUUGGAGGAACACGAAGCCCGGAAAUACAUCCGCCAGCUGAUUCAGGCAGUGGAGCACCUGCACCGUGCUGGGGUGGUACACAGAGAUUUGAGAAGAUUGAGAACCUGUUACUGGAUGAGAACAACAACAUCAAGCUCAUUGAUUUUGGUCUCAGCAACUGUGCCGGAAUCUUGGGCUACACAGACCCGUUCAGCACACAGUGUGGCAGUCCAGCCUAUGCAGCCCCUGAACUCCUUGCUAGGAAAAAAUAUGGCCCCAAAGUGGAUGUCUGGUCUAUUGGUGUGAACAUGUAUGCCAUGCUGACGGGCACACUGCCAUUCACCGUGGAGCCAUUUAGCUUGAGAGCUUUGUAUCAGAAGAUGGUGGACAAAUCCAUGAAUCCGCUCCCUUCCAACCUCUCUUCCGCUGCUGUCAGUUUCCUACGCUUAUUGCUGGAACCAGAUCCAGUGAAGAGGCCCAAUAUCCAACAAGCACUGGGCAACCGCUGGCUCAACGACAACUAUCAUGGAAAGGCCACGCAUACACACACUUACCCAAACAGAAUCCACUUGGAAGAUCUGAGCCAAAGCGUGAUUCGUCACAUGUCGGAGAAGCUUGGUUACAAGCACAGUGAUGUCAUCAAUGUCAUUCUGUCCAAUCGGGCUUGUCAUACCCUCGCCGUCUACUUCUUGCUGAACAGAAAGUUGGAGCGCUACUUAAUCGCCAUGAGGAAACCUGACAUUAACGACAACGUGUGCCACAAGAACCAGAUGCAUCCAUUAGACAAAUACAAGGCAAACAAGAACUCCUACGAGGAGCGAAAAUCUAAAGACCCCGAAAAGCGAAGUGAGCAGCGAUCUGCUCAGAAGAAGAUAGAGAAAUGCUCUCCGUCCCACAGGCAACCCCCAUGUCCAAUGAUACACAAUGGAAAGCUUCCCCUCAAGGAGCGAAAAUCCUCCAAGUCUGAACGAGAAUCCACUGGAGGGUUAAGCCCAUUCCAUGAAGUCAGGUUUAAUAAAACUGGAUGUGUCACUUCCUGCUCUUUGGAGUAUCUGGAAAUGCAAAGUCCGGAUCCACGAACACCAAAAAUGAUGAGACGCCAAGACUCCCACUCCCAAGAGACUGUAAAUAUGAAUAUGAGUGGUCGUAUGAGAGAACCCCACCUCAAUGUUGUGCGUUCCUUCGAGUCUGUGAACAGAGAAGACCAAAUAGAGUCUUUAUCCCCAUCCCACCAGUACCGAGUGAUCGGUUCACCAGUCUCCUUCUCUCCUCGUCACUCAAGUGAAAGAACUCUGUCCCCAAUCUUUCAGUUUGAUAGCACCACCCCAGUGAAGGCCCAUUCCACACUGUCCUCCUUCACGUACGAGGACAAGAGCAGCCCGUCAAGCUCCGAGUCCAUGUCCCCAACUUCCCCCCACUCCCCAUCUUGUAAUAACAAUGGAAACCUGGGUAGCCCAAACUGUGUCAGAAGCCGAGGGCGAUUUCCCAUGAUGGGUAUUGGACAGAUGUUGAGGAAGAGGAGCCAAGUUACCUCUCCAAAACCUGAAAACGCCCUGGAAUCCCGAAUGCCAGCUUUGCAUCAGAUGAGCCCGGGAUAUGCCAGCUUCAACUCCAGUGACAUGAAUGGGUUUUGCUGA